AUGCAUCGGUGUUCAGCUGAAUCUACAAAAGACGAUGUUCAUGCGGAACGGAUGGGUCUCGGAUGCCCCAUUCACGCUCAACGGAACGAACAUAUCCGAAUGCACCAGCUACGUUUAUCUGGGUCGGGAACUGAACAUGAUGAACGACCUGGCCCCCGAGCUGGGCUGAGGAGACGAGCGGCUUGGGGAGCGUACAAGAGCAUCGAGGAUGUAGUGAAGAAGACCAGGAACACCCGGCUCCGUGCUCACCUCUUCAACACCACCGUACUUCCUGCUUUGACCUAUGCUUCGGAAACCUGGGCAUUUCGCAAGCAGGAAGAAAACGCGGUGAGCGUCAUUGAACGCGCAAGUGAGGGACGGGAUUCGAAGUUCUCUCCUACGUCAGCGAUCGAAGAUUAG